UCACACCAGGAGCUGUGUUGACAAAAUGGCAGGACACGACCAUCACCACUUCUCUCUGUGUUUCUGCGACCUAAUGAGGCUGCUGUGGUCCCUGGUGCUGCCAUGCGUGUACCUGAGCGCGGUGCUGACGCUGCUGCUGCUGCUGCUGCUGCUGGGGCUGCGUGUGUGGCUGCAGGCGCGCCGCCGCCAGCGCGGGGGCGCGCCCGCCGCCGCCUUCUUCCACCCGUACUGCAGCGCGGGGGGCGGCGGGGAGCGGGUGCUCUGGUGCUGCCUCCGGACCCUCAUGGCCCGAUACCCCAACGUCUCCUUUGUGGUUUACACGGGCGAUCAGGGAGUGACCGGUGAGCAGAUUCUGGAGGGAGCGCGACAGCGUUUCAACAUCACGCUGCCCAGGCCAGUCACCUUCAUCUUCCUGCAUCACCGCGCGUUGGUAGAGGCCAGCUCUUACAACCACUUCACCCUACUGGGCCAGAGCGCCGGUUCCAUGUUCCUUGGAUGGGAAGCACUUACAGCCUUUGUUCCUGAUCUGUACGUGGACUCAAUGGGAUAUGCCUUCACACUUCCAAUCUUCCGCUACCUGGGAGGCUGCAAGGUGGCCAGCUAUGUCCACUAUCCCACAGUCAGUACUGACAUGUUGUCUGUGGUCAGAGACAGAAAUCCCAGAUUCAACAAUGCUGAUUUCAUCUCCAGAAACCCCGUGCUGAGUGCAGUGAAGGUGGUGUACUACUGCUGCUUCGCCCUGCUGUACGGCCUGGCCGGCUCCUGCAGCGACGUCAUCAUGGUGAACUCCACUUGGACGCUGGGACACAUCUUGGCUCUCUGGCGAUCCCCCAGCAGCACCAGCAUCGUCUAUCCGCCCUGUGACGUCAGGGCCUUCCUGGAUGUCCCGCUGGAGGAGGAGGAUGAAGAGGAGGUGGAGGAGGGCUGGGAGGAGCUCGGACGAGAGCUUGAGAGUGGAGAGGAAGAGGACCGUGUAGGAGGGGAUAAGAAGUGCCACUCAAUCGUGUCGGUGGGUCAGUUCCGGCCAGAAAAGGACCACCAGCUGCAGAUUAAAGCGUUUUGCAAACUGUUAGACAGGAAAGGGGAUGGGCCCGGAGGGAGGAAGUCUCUUCGCCUGGUGCUGAUCGGUGGCUGCAGGAACCCGGAAGACGAGGAGCGGGUGCUGAUGCUGCGAGGACUCUGUCAGGAAUUGGGCGUGUCUGACCAUGUUGAGUUCAAACUCAACAUCCCUUUUGAGGAGCUGAAGAGGGAGCUGGUGAACGCCACUAUCGGCUUGCACACCAUGUGGAAUGAACAUUUUGGUAUAGGCGUGGUGGAGUGUAUGGCUGCAGGCACCAUCGUCCUCGCUCACAAGUCAGGAGGCCCAAAGCUGGACAUCGUGGUCCCGUUCGAGGGCAGGCAGACGGGCUUCCUGGCAGACAGCGAGGACAGCUACGCUGCUGCCAUGGAAACCAUCCUGGCAUUGUCACCGUCGGAGAGACUGGAGAUAAGACGCAGUGCCCGGGAAUCUGUCGGCCGAUUCUCUGACCAGGAAUUUGAGGCGUGUUUCUCUGCUGCCAUGGAGUCUCUGAUAAGUGAGCUGGUGCGAUGAGGAAGAGUAGAGGAGACAUGACAUCGACUGGAGCACAGGAAGUUAUCAGAUAUGUGCUUUACAGUUGUAUGUGUGUCGGUCUGUCAGCAUAUCACCUGAAAACUCCCAGGGUGAGUUUCAGGACACUUGGUGGGGACGUGGAGCUCGAGCAGAGAAAGAACCGGUGAUGUGAUGGUACAGAUCUGAAUCUCUCUGUUUAAUACUGAUGCAGCAUUGAUCUUGGAAGGGGUCUUUAGUCCUUAUGUGCUCCACUAGAUUGUCUGGCUUUCUUUAACUAAAAUAUUGCCACACGUAUAAGCAACUGUGCAGUUAAGUUCAUAGUUACGAUUAAAACGAGCUCUGCUUGUAGUUGAAGUGCGACAUGAUGGCUCAUUUUCAGUUUAAAAUCAUCCAAAAACAAGAUUCCAGGCAGAAGAAGACACCUGAAGAUAAGUUAUCAUCUACUGUGAUGACUGAAGUAAAACAAUAUGGAACAUUCCCAGAGACUGAGUGCAUGUGUUUUCACAAAUAAAAGAUUGUGAACGUCAUCAGCAGCAGAGCUGGACGAUGACUUGUAGUUUGUAUAAAUAGCAUUGAACUGGUUGAUAUGUUGAUGUGCAUUAGCAUAACAGAUCAGACGAUACUUCAAAAUUUUAUCGUGGACAAUUUAUUUGUAUUUUCCCAGUGACUUGUCCGAAACUACAUACUGAAAUGUCUCCAUGUAAUAAUUAGAAGGGAAUAUCGCAGUAUCGGGCCAGAAAAGUCUUUUAUAAUACACAGGUUAAAGAUUAUAAAGACUAUUUUUGAGUUGCAUUCUAAGUGAAGAUGUUUGCUCGUGUAACUGGAAUUUAUUUUAACUGGAUGCCGACAUGGGUUUUGAUUAAUUUUCUUUUACAAUGGGAUCGUUUUACUGACUGGCUUCUGAAUAGUCAUGAAGGGCUAGGGUUUUCUUUCUGGGUAAGUUCAACUUCCACUUCUUCAUGUGCACACUGAAGUAGCACAUUAGACUAGUUUUUUGCUACAAGUGAUGUCCAAAUCUCUGUUAUUUUUAUGUCGCUUCAUCUGCAGCAUUCCUGUUUGUUGUGAGGACCAGGCAUGGAAGUAGUACAUGUAAAAUAUAACAUUUAUAAAGAGGCAUUACUGUUAUUUAAGUAUAAAUAUAGAGGAUGCUUUGUGUUUCUGUCAUUGACAAGACUGGAAAUUGCACUUGAAAAAUAUGCAAUAAAUGCAAAAAUCAAA